AUGAAGAUUCUGGACGCCGACUCUCGAGUGGGGAAGUUGCUUGACGAGCUCAAGAAGGUCCUAGAACGCAACAACCAAGAGGGGAUCCUCAAGGACGAAGUCACCCGUCAGGAAGCAAAUGCAACUGCAAGUCAAAAACCGUUGCGUUCCGACGUGUUUCGCUUCGUCAACUGGUUGCGGACGUUCGAAAACGGUUACCAGCUCUACGGCGGCGCAGAAGACGAGGAGAAUCCUGCCAAGCCGGCGAAGAGCCAAGACGGUCGUGGCCUUGCGCCGAAGAGGCCGGACGAGAAGAACCCGGACGGGGGAGCUGGUUCAGCGAAGCCCCGGUCCGCGGACAGAGCGACUAAGUCGGACGCACCGUCUGCCCCUGCGCGAAAGCCUGCUGCGCGUCUCAAGUUCAAGUCUACGGCUCACAAGGUCACGGACUGCUCGAAUACGGCACCUGGUGAGGCGCAAGCGCUGAUAGCGGCGCAGAUACAAAAGUGGAAGACUUGCUGCCGGGCGAGACCGACGUCGACGUUGCGAGGCCGAGGUGAAGACGAUUCUGGCGGCGAAGGUCGAGACGCGCGAAGCCUCGGUCUACGCGAUGAAGACGAUGAGCGCUUGGAACAACCGCUGUCCAAGUUUGUGGGCGUGUUCCGAACGGACGUCGGGAAUGACGCCCUAAUUAAGGAGGAGCCCCUCAAGUCGGUCCUCAAGUCUCAGAAGAGUCGACUGCAGGACGACGGUCAACCACCUGAUGGAGUGACCUGGAACGACGACAUAAAGUUUUAUGUCACGCCGAACGACAAGAUUUGGUUCCCGGACGUCGACCUGGAUCUCCAACAACGGCUCUGUGUGAUCGCCCACCAAGGAGCUGCUGGCCACCGUUGCGUGGCGGCGACGACGCAAUCUGUCGCGGCGAAGUUCGAGUGGACCACGCUCAAGGCCGACGUGACCGGAUUUGUCACGCGGUGUCUCCAUUGCAUGUGUGUGGAUGGCGACAUGGUGCCCCCGCCCCCUGGGAUCUGCUCUGCACGCUGA